AUGAAGUUAGAUACUUCCAAGUAUGAGCUUUUGAACCCAAAAGACGAUAACUUCCUCAAAGACAUCAUCAAGAGUUUCAUGCUUGCCGGAAGAGACGCCAUUGCAACAACUCUCACUUGGUUCUUCUGGCUUCUCUCCAAGAACCCUGACGCUGUGAUCAAGAUCCGUGAAGAGAUCAACACAAAUUCACCACGUUCCGGCAAGAGUUUGGAUCCAGACAAGUUAAACAAGAUGGUAUAUCUACAUGGUGCAUUGUGUGAAGCAUUAAGGCUUUACGCUCCAAUCCCUUUCGAGCGGAAGUCUCCCAUAAAGCAAGAUAUGCUUCCAAGUGGACACAAAGUAGAUGCAAAUUGGAAGAUUCUGUUCUCUGUCUAUGCGUUGGGGAGAAUGAAAGCCGUGUGGGGAGAGGACGCGUGUGAAUUCAAGCCAGAAAGAUGGAUCUCGGAGAGAAAUGGAGGCUUAAAACAUGAACCUUCUUUCAAGUUCUUUGUGUUUAACUCUGGCCCAAGAAAUUGCUUGGGGAAAAAUUUAUCUUUCUUGCAGAUGAAGACAGUGGCUGUUGAGAUCAUACAAAACUAUGACAUCAAGGUCGUUGAAGGGCACAAGAUCGAACCAGCUUCUUCAAUAGUCCUUCACAUGAAACGUGGCCUCAAAGUCACAAUUGCUAAGAGAAGCUUGGUUUCAUAA